CGCCGCAAAUGGAGAUGCUUAAUGCCGCCAUGAGCUAUCCUUCGACAUUUGAAUGGAUUCCUGGGACGACUCUUCUGUCUACACGGCCUGUUAUGUUUGGUACUCUCAUUGUGUACCUGCUUGUCAUCUUUGGCUUGCAAGAGGUCAUGGCGACAAAGACGACGCCCUCGUGGGUCAAGCCCGCCAUUGUCGUCCACAACCUCAUUCUCUUCCUCUACUCUGCCACCUCGGUCAUCACUGUCCUCUACCUUGCUAUCUCUUACUCUCUUGAGGAUGAGUAUGGGUUUGUCUCUGUCUUCUGCGAUCAGUACCGCAAGUACACCUCGGGCCCGAUGUACUUCCUCAUCUACACAUUCUACCUCUCCAAGUACUACGAGCUGUUGGACACGGUGUUCCUGGCGCUCAAGAAGCGCCCGAUCAUCUUCCUGCAUGUCUUCCAUCACGUGCUGACCCUCUACACCUCGUUCUCGGGCAUGGACUCUGAGACGACGUACCAAUGGACGGCCGUGCUGACCAACACCACGAUCCACUCGUUUAUGUACUACUACUACCUCCGCGCCGCCAUGGGCGCCAAGAUCUGGUGGAAGAAGUACCUGACUGUGGCGCAGAUGAUCCAGUUUGGCAUCAACGUCCUCAUUCUCUUUGGCUGGGCUGCCAUUGAUCUCAACCUCCCCGAGGGCCAGGACUGUGCCGGCAACUACUUCUGCUGGUGGCUUAUGUUUGGCGGCAUGAUUGCCUUCUUUACCCUCUUCAAGGCCUUCUUCAACAAGUCGUACAAGAAGCCCGCGGCCAAGUCGGAGUAAAACGCAACCACACCUGCA